UGGUCGUUUUGUUAGAUAUGUAAACCAGUCACAGUUACCUUAAUAAAAUAUUGUGUGAAAAAAAUCCAGUGAAAUAUGUGUGUGGAAAGUGUAAAAUAAGAACACUAGACCCUCAGUUUAUUUCAGUUCGCCUGUCGGAAAGAUGAUUGUGAAACAUAAACAGGAAGCGGCUGGGCAGAGUUUUGGGGAGUUGUUGGACAGCCAUUGCAGUGUCGUGGCUCAGUAACAAAACACGAAAAAAGAGAGGAAGACCUGGCAUUUCGCAGGCUCUCUUUUUUUCCACAAGGAGACCAAAUUACAUGACUAUAAGAGCGAACAGAUUCGGUAAAUUAAUCUACACCUAAAUAACGGGAUUCAACAGCUCCAGAUAUGUCAUUCCUAAUUGAUUGGAUUUAUAAUGGUUUCAAUAGCGUACUACAGUUUUUAGGACUGUACAAGAAAUCUGGCAAGUUAGUAUUUCUUGGCCUGGACAAUGCUGGCAAAACGACGCUACUGCACAUGCUCAAAGAUGACAGAUUGGGACAGCAUGUGCCAACUUUACAUCCAACCUCGGAAGAGCUGACGAUUGCUGGCAUGACUUUCACCACUUUUGACCUUGGAGGCCACGCACAAGCCCGCAGAGUGUGGAAAAACUACCUCCCUGCCAUUAAUGGCAUAGUCUUCCUUGUGGAUUGUGCAGACCUCACCAGAUUGGCCGAAUCAAAAGCAGAACUUGAUGCAUUAAUGACAGACGAGACCAUUGGAAACGUGCCUAUCCUGAUCCUUGGCAACAAGAUCGACAGACAAGAGGCCAUCAGCGAGGAGAAGCUGAGGGAAAUGUUUGGAUUGUACGGACAGACGACAGGCAAGGGCAACAUUCCCAUGAAGGAGCUGAACACGAGACCACUGGAGGUGUUCAUGUGCAGUGUGUUGAAGAGGCAGGGCUACGGCGAGGGCUUCCGCUGGCUCUCCCAGUACAUCGACUAAAGCAGCCAAGCGCGUGACACCACCACCACCAUCGGGGGGGGGGGGUGCUAAACCCAACCACUCAAGAUGCCCGCCGUUGCCACCAGUACCAUCAUACUCAGCCCCAUGUUUGGUUAAACAAGUCUGUCUCCACCUUCAGAGAAACCAAUACAACUUGAUCCCAAUAGACUUUUAUUGGUCGAACAUUUGGUUCCGCACUUACAGAAUUCAUAUCUGUAUGCGCACGCACACACACACACACACUCGUUUCCAUCUCUGUCUUUUUCUAAGAGAGUAACAUAGCAUUGGUUCCACAGCAAAGGGUGUUCAAAUUCAAACGGAUGAAUCUUUUCUAUAUUGUGUCUGUCGUUUGCUGCCCUCUCCCCCUCCUUUCCUGCCAUCUGUUGAGUGUGAUGAUAGAUGCAUUAUAAUUGUAAAUCUGUAUAUGAUUCCAUUGGUAUAUCAACAGUCCCUAAAGCCUCUUUCCCCUCUUCACCUCAUUUCAAGCAUUGAGAGCGAGAGCAGCAUGGUUGUAUACAUUGCAGUACACUUUUUUUAACAGUAAAGACUGUCAUUCAACAUUGCAUUUAAUCAACACGUUUUGUCCUGUUUUUUUUUUGUCUUUUUUUUUUUGUUUUGUUUUUUUUUUUUUACAUGAUUUCAAUAAAUAAAAUGUGUGACCACGUAUACAGCCCUCACUAUAGACGCAUGGCUGUUUCACCCAUUUAUUGAAAUGGACCAGUGCAUUUAUCUUAGCGUAUCAGAAAUUAGAUCCAUUUCUAUAGGUUACUUGGAUGUUAAAAUACUUUUGUUCCAGACUUCUAUCUCAUCGGCACAGCAGCAUUGAACGGAUCCAAGUAUUCUGUGGGCUCCCCUUUUUAAAGAGAAGCAUGGGGUGGUAGUAUAGCAGAUGGGAGAAGAUUUUUAAUAAAAAAUAAUACUGGCUAUAACCCUGGCGACGUUUGAUGAAAUCGUGUAGUUAGCACAAUGGUCAGUUGAUGCAAAGAAAACUAUUUAAGUAAAUGAAACUUUGGGAUAAAUAGCGUAAUAAUAACAUGCAGUAAUAGAUGAAGGGAGGAAUACAUCAAGUAAUUGUCAAUAUUAGAAGUCCAUCCUACAGAUUUAUUUUCCAGCACAGACCUUUUUAUAGGGUGAAUCUAGUGACCAAGCGUAGAUAACAGAGGACACCGUCCCACAGCGGGAACAGGUAGAGAGGCCUAAGACACCUCUAAGAAAGGGACUAUACAGUAUAUAUGAAAUGUACAUGAACAUCGUACAUGGAUUUUGUAUUUAUAAGUGGUAUCCUUUGAUCUAUGUGCAUUACCAUAAACUAUUAUGCAUGCCUUGUUCUUUUCAUUUUUAAUGACCAUUACUCCAGAGUACAACAUGAGGGGAAAAAAGAUGCCAAAAUUUACAAUGAGAGCUGAUUGUCAUGUUUUGUUUUGUUUUUACAGAAACAAUGGAAUUGCGCUUAAUACACAUUUUUUCUGUCCCUGUCCCUUUGUGUCUCUUUCACUCCCUCAUGACUACGUGAUGAGCUGUUCCAAGAAGGGUGGGACUUGCUGUUGUUUGCAUCAUAAAAAAUGUAAUAAAUGUUUUCAAUGAAUAACAGGCUUUAACAUUGA